AUGUCUGAAGGGACUCUUGCCUCCGCAGUCGCCGUUCCUGAACAGGAUACUCUACGUCAAUCUCCCGAACUCCUCGCAAAGCGGCGCAAGUCCUCCGUCACCGAGCACGAACCUAAGCGUCGCCGGCUAAGCACCCAAGAUGAGGGUUCUCCGCAAUCCCAACCCCGACGCCUGUCAUCACCUGCACCGGAAUCCGAGCAGCCCACGGAAAAGAGACCUGCCCGCCGGGGGCGCGAAGAUGAGCGCAAGCGUGGGCAGCGACUAUUCGGCGGGCUGCUGGGGACUCUCUCCCAGAGCUCAAACUCGGCGGCGCAGAAGCGGCGCGCGGAUAUUGAAAAGAGGCAGCAAGACAAAUUGAAGUCGCGGGAUGAUGAAUACGAUGGACUGAAGAAGCGUCGUAAGGAGCGACGAGAUGCGAUUCGAAGGAAAGAGAUGCCGUUCUAUGAACGAGAGGCUAUGCAAACACGUCAUUCGAAUUUAGUGGCUACAGCACGAUUCCUGAAGACACGGACAGAACCUGCAUUGUACUACAAGCCAUGGCAAUUAAGACCCGGCGAUGAAGCAGUGAUCCGGGAACAGAUAGAGGAUGCCGAAGCAACAGUCGCUCGCGAGGUUGCCGAUUUCGAAGCCCGAUACCCGCCCGAAGCUUUUAUGCGCCAGGAGCUAGAGCCAGCACCUACAGAAGAACAACCGAAGCAACAAGACACAUCCAAACAUCAGCCCGAGUCAAGUUCGAACCAACCCUCGGCACCGGAACCGCAGGCUGAACCAAAGGAAGCUCAAGAGGCAAUGAAUACGGCGGGUGCACAGUCUAACAAUCGGCAAAGCUCAGAACCAGCUAAAAACGAUGCGCCUACCGACGGGACCGACGCGGCUGCUCAUGAGCAGUCGGAUGCCCAUCAUGACGACGGGGGUGAAGUAGUGGAGGAUAAUGAGGAUACUGUGAUAUAUUAG